AUGAUGGAGACCGAGCUACCCCCCGGCAGUUGCAACUCGACUGGACAUCUGUCCACUAUUGGAUGGAACAUACCAGGUCGUAUGCACCACUCAGCGAGCACGCCGGCGGGCGUCGACGGCGGCGCUCGCACGCCUCCCGCCACGCCCAAGAAGGGCGGCAAGAUGCUCGCUGUGCGCGUGCAGAUGCUGGACGACUCCAUAUCCAUGUUCCAGAUACAGUCAAAGGCGCUCGGACGAGUAUUGUUCGAUCAAGUGUGUCGACAGCUACAUCUACUAGAAGCAGAUUACUUCGGGCUCGAGUACCAAGACGCCAACGGAUCAAAGUACUGGUUGGACGUCGAAAAGCCAAUGUGCCGGCAAGUUGGUCUGUCAAUGUUGGAACCAACUCUGAGGUUUUGUGUCAAGUUCUACACUCCGGACCCCGCUAGGCUCGAAGAAGAGUUCACUCGGUAUCUCUUCUGCUUACAAGUGAAGAGAGACCUCGCACAGGGAUGCAUACAAUGUAACGAAAAUACAGCGGCUUUGAUGGCCAGUUAUAUUGUCCAAGCUGAGUGCGGUGACUUCGUACCUGAAGACUAUCCGGACCACACCUACCUCAGUGGCUACAAGUUCUUCCCCGGACAGGAUUCGGAGUCCGAGAGGCGGAUAAUGGAGAACCACAAGAAACACAUCGGCCAAAGCCCCGCAGAGGCGGAUUUGAAUUUAUUAGAGACAGCGCGAAGAUGUGAAUUAUACGGUAUAAAGAUGCAUGCGGCAAAAGACCAUGAGGGUGUUCCUCUAAACCUAGCGGUGGCUCACAUGGGCAUCGUCGUGUUCCAACACAUCACCAAGAUCAACACCUUCAGCUGGGCCAAGAUCAGGAAGAUAUCCUUCAAGAGGAAACGAUUCUUGAUCAAAUUACAUCCGGAGGGAUACGGCUACUAUCGCGACGUAGUCGAGUUUUUCUUUGAGAGUAGAAACGAAUGCAAGAACUUUUGGAAGAAAUGCGUCGAAAACCACGGUUUCUUCCGAUGUUCUAGCGUGCCUCGCCUCCCCAGACACAAGACAAGGGUCAUGUCUAGAGGAUCGUCGUUUAGGUAUAGUGGUAAAACACAAAAACAAAUUGUGGAGUUCGUUAGAGACAACUACGUGAAGAGACAAACAUUCCAGAGGUCGGGCUCGUUCCGCGCGCCGCGCCCGGCGGCCGGCCCGCGCGCCGCCGCGCCCGCGCCCGCGCUCAGCGCCAGCGUGUCCGCGCACCCGCUGCUGCCGCUGCCGCCCGGCUCCGACGCGAUUUCCCUGGAGUGGGACAAGCAACCUCACUACCUGGAGGCCUCUCUGAUGAUGAAGGGCUACUCUGCGGAGGAGGCGGCGGCGGCGGCGCGCCGCGCAACCGCUCGCCCACCCCCACCAGCUACCGCCUUCGUCUCCACGAGGGACAAGACGUCUCCGGAGAGUACGUGGACGGUGGAUGCGGAGCGCAGUGGGCGCGCGCGCGCUCCCACUCCGCCGCCUCGUGGGCCGCGCCCGCGCACGCCAGGUCAGCCCUCGCACACGCACACGCGCACGCGCACCCACACGCACACACACACUGCCACGCGCCCCGCCGCAGACUCCCCGCCCCCUAGCGUCUACCCGGACUUCGUGCUCGCCAAGCAGUCGUCCAGCUUUAACAAGUCCUCGGAGCGGCUCGAGUUCGAGCUCUCGCAGAGCAAUAUCUACUCGGCGUGCCCGUCCACGCGCUCGUCGCGCUCGGCCGCGUCGCCGGCGCUCGAAGGGGGCGCCUCGCCGCCCGCGCGGCGCGCGCCGUGGGGCCGCAGCGCGAGCUGCCGCAACCUGCGCGACUUCAGCUUCGACGAGGCCGGCCGCUCGCGCCGCGCGCCCGACACGCGCAGCCUGCUGGCCGACCUGGACGCCUAUCGCCCGCGCCGCGUCGACUCGCCCGUCACGCGCUACGACGACGCGCGCACGCUCGCCUUCGUCCUGGGCGUCGGCUCGCAGCGCGAGCUGAUCGGGCGCGCGUACUCGUCCAGCUUCCCGGGCGCGGUGGGCGAGGCCCGGCUCGACCUGCCGCCCUUCGCGCGCAGCGGCUCGCAGGACGACCUGUCGCACGACAGCUACGAGCUCGUGGAGCGCUCCGACGACGAGUGCUCGGAGCGCCGCUACGCGCGCGUGCGCUCCGCCUCGCGCUCGGCCGUCGCGCGCACGCGCUCGUGCUCGCUCGACUCCGGCAACGACCUGCCCUCCGACGACGACCAGUCGCUGUCCCACCUCUCGGAGACCGAGGACGCGGACGCGAAUCUCAACAUUUCGGGAGUCAAAUAUAAGAGCGAUAACGAUUUACCUCUGGAUCCGUUCCUAGCGGACGAUCCGAGAAUUCUGCCUCGAGAGAAACUUUCGGUUCGAUCGGACGGAAACUUCUAUAAAGAAAUUAAACGCGCUCUAGGUUCUCGUACGUCUAGCCAGGAAUCGAAGAGCGAUAUUUACGACUCUAAACUGUCUAAAAGUAGCGCCGAAUCUAGUAAAAAGUCACGCGAUAGCGUCUAUCAUACCGAUAGCAAAAAAUCUCGGGAAACGCUUAAAAGUAAAAGUUCCGAUAGGUCCGGUUCGAGAACCUCUAGUCAAGAUUCUAAAUCCGAUUACUAUGAUUGUAAAAAGAACUUGUAUGAACCUGACGAUUUAAGUAUGAGGCGUCGGAGUAGUACAAGUAUCCAAAACGCAUAUAUUGAUCCCUUUGAACCUAUUUCACCUUCUUCCAGUCCCGAUUCUGGCAAAGAUUUUUACGACACUCAAUCGACUUUUAUUGGGAUGGAAAAGCCAGAAUAUCGAGAAAAAACACUAUUCGAUAAAUCUCAUGAGGACCUUAUAGCAAAUUUGAUCACUUCACCCAACUACUAUCACCUUCCGACACCAUACUCAACGUUCCCGAGUAAUAAUAAGCAUAAAGAAAGUAAUCAUGUACAUUCAACUAGUUUGCAAAAUGUAGAUCUUGAUCAAUACGCACAAUAUUCUGAUUCAAGUCCGAUAAAGAAAAGUGACGAAUUUUCUACUGAAGAAGAAGAUAUGCAUCCGCGUACUACUCAUAUUUGGCCCGAGAAAAUUGCCGGUCUAGAGACUGAAAUCGAUAGUAAUAGAUCGGCUAAAAUUCAAAAUUAUCAAAGACGUCGUUCUUCGGAAACCGUGUUUAGCUUUGAUAAAGAGAAAAUAGAAUCUUUAACUAGAUCGAUAAGUAAAGAAACUCAACCAUCACAAUUGGUUAAAGAAUCGUCAAAUGAAUCUGAUGUUAAUGUGCGUAUUUUGCCAGCAAUGGACAGUAUUGAGUACGCUAAAAAUAGAGCUAAGUCUGCAGCUAUUCAAUCUGGUACAUCGUCGAUUCUUCAAUCAGAGUUCGAUAAAUCUAUGCGUGGUAAAGUUCAUACACAUAUUGUAAGAAAGGAAAAUCUCAAAGAAGAACUGAUGGCAAAGACUCACUUUGAUGAAUAUAAUCCAAAGCUUAUAUUGGACACGAGUUCUAGCAGUCGUCUCGCUGAUACUGCUGUACCAUAUAUUCAUCCUACUGUCGAAAGGACAAAGAGUGAUCCUAAUAGUUUAGCCAACAGACCGCGAUUUAGCAGUGUAAAUUCAAGAAGACAUGUGCUCAUGCAUCAAAAAUCCAUUGAUUUGACUCCCGCUGAAUCAAGUGACGAAGAUUACAUCUUUCGGCAAAUACCAAGCGCCCCACCAAUUGCGACUAAGCGAUCGCAUUUCGAAUUACCUGCUAGACACUCGGAAACUAUACGACCCUUAUUUGAUUUACCUCAAAAUUACUUUAAAGAUUUCGAUGCUUUUAAAGCUGGUUUUAAUGAUAAUAGAAAGGUCACUGAUGAUUAUGAUAUUCCGUAUGUGUUACAUAAGAGGCACAUCAUGAAUGGGACUGCCCCUUCUCCUCUUGAAGAUAAAAAGUGCAAAUAUCAUGAUCAUCCAAAAUCUCCUCGUUCACCGAAGUCACCUAAGUCACCAAAAUCUCCAAAAUCACCUAAAUCACCAAAGUCGCCUAAAUCUCCUAAGUCACCGAAAUCUCCUAGAAAUAGCGUUCAGCCUGAUCACGUCUCUAAAUUCCUAGAAGUAGAAAACCGCGAUUUCUUAUUUACGCAAAAUAUUGAUUUAUCGAAGGUCGAUCCGGUUACCUUAGAAGUAGAUAAAAGCGGACAGUUACAACAUUUACCAAGUCCAAAAAGAGAUAUUUCGAAAACGUUAGAUUCAGCAUUACUGGAAACAUUAAACUCUAAAUUAAGCCAAAUAGAAAGUGAUUCAGCUACAAGCUCAAAAACAGAUAGUAUGAGACAAGAACCCCAAUAUUCACAUGAUAUAAAAUUUGCUAUAAACGGACGUAAUGUUCAACAGCCGCCUAUUUGUAAAGACCCAAAGCCUUUAACGGCUGCAGAAAAACUUCGUGCAGAUAUUAAAUCAAAAUCAGAAAAAUUACCACCCAAAAGAAUACCGAAAGGCCGUGGAACUGGUAAAAAAGGCCCUGGUGGAAAGGUAAAAAAUAAAAAUAACAACAAAAUAAGGAUUACUUCGUUUUCAUCAGAUGACGAAAGCGUAGAUUCGGAUGAUGUGUUUGGUACUACGGAAGCUGCACCUAAAUUAGAAUUUUCACCGCCACAGUCCCGUAAAGACUUAGAGCCUAUACUUCAACUAGAGUAUGAUAAAAUUACUUCAGGUGCUUGGCAUCGAGGUCAGACUAUGAGUUCAACAGAAAUAGAAGGUUCACCACCGCAAUGUCGUAAGUUAGCUGAACUUGAGGCAAAAUAUAAUCCUCAAGUAUUAGAUAAUGUUAGCUGUAAUGCCACUGAAUUAAGACGGAUUUCGGAGCGUUCUAUUUCAAUACCAAGUUCAGAAGAUGACAUUGUAACAAAAGCGCCAGAAAUAAAACAGGUCAGCAAGGAAAGUUCUACUUGGGAGUACAAUGAGAAUAUACCAUCUCCGAUUCUCGAAAGUACUGAGUUUUUAAAAUCUGAUGAUGAACUAGUUGACAUGGAAAUCCAAAAGGUAACGGGCAUACGCACUCAGUCGGAAGAAAAAAACGAGUUGUCACAGACUGAUAAAAAGGAUCAAAGCAAACUUGAUAUUAAAAAAAGGUUACGUGAUGAAUUAAUUUCUCCAAUGCUUCGUAAACCAGGAGGCACUCCUAUACUUUUUGCUCAUGCUAGAUUGAAUCUUUCUGAAGGGUCUGUUUUUUCUUUACAACGACAAAAAGCUACCCAAGAUUCGCCGACGUCCAGUCGUAGAGCUAAAAGCUUAGAUACGCCUGUUAUACAGUUACAUAGGUUACCACCAAUGAAUGCAUUUUCAUCAAAAGAUGAUACCGUUGAAGAUGUUAAUGAAGAAGGAGAUAUUUUGGAGGAGAAGUCAUUAAUGGAUGACAAGAUGUCUAAAACUACAGUAAAAAAGGAAGUUAUCGAUAAAAUUGAUGAAGAAGAAGAAAAUAUAGCAGAAGCAUCAGGAACGUCAAAGUCAGCUUUAAUUGAUAAUGAAGAAAUGAAAUUGUUAGAAGAAUUAGUUGUGCAAAGAAGGCCUCGUUCAUUUAAACGCCAAUAUGAUUUAAGUAAAAUAACAAAAGCAAAAUCACCAUCUAGAUCACCCCUAGCUCGAUCACCUAUAUCACGGUCACCACUGUCUAAGUCGCCUUCGAGAUCACCAACAUCUUCGUUGAAUUCACCUAGAGGAAGUAUAAGAAAAUUAUCAGAUUUGAGCGAGGAUCAAAUAGUACCCGAUAUUGAAAGAAUAAAACGUAAAGAGAAAAAGAAAUUAACUCUUAAACCAAAACCUGAUGAUAAACAAAAGACUAGUAAAUUAAAUAAAGCAGGUUCUCUUGACACAAAUGAAACUAAAGUAAAAGCCCUUCAAACGCAAAAAUCAUUGCCAUCGUCGCUUAAAGAAAGACCAGAUUUCUUAACUGUGCCUCCUUUAGAUAUAGCUAGAACCAAAAGUCAAGAAAUAGAUCAAACUGCGAAGAGAGUUUCCAAAGAAAAGUCUAAAUCUUUAGAAAAAAUGGAAGUUAAACGUGGAGGAAGCAAGGAACGUACCAAAUCUCAAGAAGAUAGUGACACCGAAAUUGCAAAACGUAAAGAAAAACAACAAAUGUUGUUUGAAGCAGCAUUAAAACAAACCAAAACUUUAAUAAGUCCCGUAAAAGAUACGUUACCACCUUUCCCACCACCAGAGGAUAAAAUAGUGGUCAAGACCGAAGGUGACAAAAUAAUUAUAGAAACUAAAAUAAAUAGUAAAGCAGAAGAUCACGUAUUUAUUGCAAAGUCACCGAAAAAACUUGAUAAUAAACUAGCUGGAAAAAUCAGCAGGAGCUUCGAAGAUCAGAAGACGGCAAAAACAAAUAAUAAAAUCAAUAAAAGUAUGGAUGAUAAAUCGAGUCAAUCGUUAGAAGAUAAAUUUGAUGACUUGGCAAGUCUACAAAAACCUCCUAAAACUUUGUCCAAGAAGCAAGAGAUAAAACAACAAAUAGAAGGGAAAGUAGUUUAUCAGAAAGUUCAUCCAAGCAUAAAAUCAAAAAGUCUCGAGAGAAAAGUUGAUCCAUAUUUUGAAUCAAAAGUCAAAUCAAAGAGUUUGGAUAGAAAUUAUGUGACACCAGCUUCUAUACAAGAGUCUAAUAAUGAUAUAUAUUUUAAACAGGAAGUUGUAACAGUUGACGUGCAUCCUACUGUCAAAGAAGAAACUGAUACUAUUCUACAAGAUACUGAAGCAAAAGAAAGUUCUCCCACACAUAGUUACAAAGAAAAAACCGAGGACGAUUCGUCAAUUGAAUGGAUAACAAGUUCACAACAUACAGUUAUUGAAAAUGAUACUCAAACAGUCAUUAUGGAACGUAGAAAGAUAGAAAUCUAUAAUAAGCAAAAACAAUCGGAACUACAAGAAAGCAAGAGCAAUCAAGAUUUGAAGACUGUAGUUGAAGAUAAAAAACCUGAAAUUACACGUUUAACAAGUGAAGAAGAAUCGAUCACUGAAGUUAGUGACUUGAAAAUGUCUGAUGAAAGUAACAUGCUAGGUAUCUCACUUCCUUAUAUAGAUGCUGAUAGUUCAUCAGAUCAAGACCAAGCGUCUAAAAGAGAAAAAAUAAGUACUUUGCCUCGUGGAAAAAGUGACGAUACUGGUUCAGGUGUGACCGCAGAUUAUGAUGAAUUAACGGCAGAUACUGACUUACCAUUUUCGGACACAAAUAAAAGCAUGAAAGCUUUAGAAGCGCAAAGUACAUUUGAAGAAUCAUCGGCAAGUUUAGUUGAAUUUUUGAAGAAUGAAUCUAUGUCCCAAUUAAUAAUAGACAAUGACACGGACGCUGAAGUUAAGGUUAAAGAUGUUAUUAAAUCAACAGAUUUAGCAUUGAAGUUCAAAAAUAAAAAUAAAAUUAUCGUUACUCCGCCACAAGAAAACAGCCCAACUAUUGAAAGUAUUCCAUUUAUUGAUGCUAGCACUUCUAAAUCUGCAAAUAAAUCUGAAUCAGGGGAGCUCACCGGUAGUUCUGGCAGUGCAAAUGACAUAUCACCAACAGAACAAAAAAAUGAACAUAAGACACUAUUAUCUGCAAAGUCAAGACGUGGCGAACUGCUUAAAUUAAGCGCAGAACGUUCACGAAGUUCAGAGUCAACAUCUUGGACUAGCAUAGAGAAAGAUGUGAGUCCUUCCAGUGCAAACAUCAAAGGAAGUUCAAUUGAUGAUGAAUCGAGUGUAAGUUGUUCAAUUGCGAGACCUUUAGGUAUAUCACAAGAUAUCGAGAAACUUAAUAAAAAGGACAGAGAGUGCUUAGAGGAGUUAAAACAAGCUAUGGAAUAUGGUGAAGAACAUUUAUUAUCUCAGCAUACUAUGUCUAGUGAACAUUCAAAAUCAAACUCAAAGUCACCUUCACCUGUACCUGAAUUAGGUCGUAUUGAAAGUCCAAGAAGUCCAUCGAAAUUUGGUACUAGAAAGUCUCCAACUCCAACUUUAGAAAAACAAGGGCAAGUAGAUUCUCAAAAAGCGCCAACAGAUUCGGAUUCGAGUUCUGAAAGUAUUGACAAAACCGUCGAACAACUUUCUAAGCCCAAUCAAAGAAAGAAUGCUUUAGAUAAAAUAGGUAAAUGUGUUGUAGAAGAGUCAGAAUCAAGCCAAUCAGCAGCAUCGAAAGCUUCUGAUAUUAAAAAAGAGUUGCAAAAAACUGUUAAAAAGACGAAAAUUGCUAUUACGAUAUCUCAAGAAGAUCAAAAUAUGACGGUUGAUUUUGAUGAUGAUGGUAAUGUUAUAACAUCUUCAUUCGAAAGAGAGCUUAUGAAAAAGAGAGCCUUAAAGGAUGUUGACCAAAAGAGUUCAUCUAAAUCGAGUGUGGAUACUACUACCACAACAACGCCUUCCAAAGGAUCUCUUAGUGUGGAUGAUUCUUCAUCUCGGAGAAAAGCUAGGCUUGAUGAACAAAAGAGUUCAUCAAAGUCUAGUAUGGAUUCUAGGGGAUCACUUAGUGUCGAAUCGCGAGGAUCAUUUGAAACAACUGAGUCUACGUCUGGAUCUCUGGGUGAGGCGUAUCGACGCGGUGAAGAACUAAAACCGACGUGGCGACCUUUCUUUGGCGCUUCGGGUAGUGAAAAUAGUACGAGUAUUGAAGAAGCUUGGAUACCGCAGGAUCACGAGGGGUAUGAAAGUUUAUCAGUGAAUAAAGACGCAUUCGAAUAUAAUAAUCAAAGACUGCUUGACGAUUUUCAUACAUUUUCUAAAAAUCCACCUUUGUCAGCUAACACUUCAAAGGAUUCUACAGAAGCUGAUUUUACAGAUGAUCUUAAUGAUUUUCCCGUGAACUUUCUAUAUCCAGCAACGUCAUCAGCACAGACCUCUGAUGUCGUUAUUGGUUACGGUCAAAAUUUUGGUCGAACUUUGUCUCGAAUUUCAGAACGUAGUACAACAUCAGAAAAAACUAGUGCAGAUGAAGAUUCUACAAAAGCUUGUUCAAGGUCAGAGAGUAUAAAUGAAGAGUCAUUAAACUCAAGCGAUCAUCAAGCCAGCCUAAGCUCUGAUCCGCCUAGUAAUGCCAAUGUUGCGUAUAUAUCAGAUACAGAUCGCAGAACGUCUGCUGAGAUGCCUGAUAUACCGAUAGACCAAACUAAAAUUAGUGAUAUGUAUUCAGAAUCAAAGAAAGACCUUGAAAAAUUGAAUAGUAAGAAAUAUGAUGACGUAUUUGAUUCGAAAAGAAAUGAAGAACGUCAAAAGAAAUCAGGCAAUGGACACCAUUUGGCACCAUUCAGACAAUCUUCAGCUAGUGAAAGUCAAGAUUCUGAAGACUGGCCACUACCAGAAUUGCCGCCACAAGCAGCUACGAAAAGUAUGGGUUCAGAUCUAGGCCGACAAAAAUCUAGUGAUAAUGAAGAUAUAAAUUCCUUUGCUUCGGGAACAUUAGAAACACCUAUUGUUGAGAAAGUUCAUAUUUAUUAUAUGAGUAAUGAACCAGAACAAGCUAUGAAAGUAAUGAUACAGUCCGAGAGUUCUAAAGGUCAAGUGGGGUCAGAUGAUGAUAGUGAUACUUUAAAUAACGACGAAGACUUAGAAAGAGAUGUGCUGGAAUCGAAGUCGGAGAAAUCUACUGAACCAAUUCCAGAUAUUAAUCAGAAAAGUCCUAAAGUUAUUCCUUAUGAUAAAUCAGGUUAUAUGGUAGAACCCUUGGAUAAUCACGAUGAGUAUACAUGUCUUAACAAAGGUGUAGUUCCGAAUUAUGACAAAUCUUGUCUUAGUGGAACCAUAAGCAAAGCAACGUGUUUAAUGGGUGAUAUGGGUACGUGUUGCUCAAGAGCUGAAAGCAAAUCUUUUACCGUAAAAAACAAUUUGGAAGAUAAGGUGAUCAUAAGUCAGCCCCAAAAGUCUCCUACCAAUCAUAGUCCAGUAUAUGAUGAUGAUCAUCUGUAUACAGACGAUGUUUUUGGUGGCGACCCUAAGUCACUUUCACCUGAUUUCGAUAAAGGUUUUUCGCAAAUAGGCGGUCAAAAAUUUUCGUUUGGUUCGAAUAAUUCAGAUACAUCAAUUGAUGACUUACUUUCACAAACAAAUGUUGAAGAAACUGUUAGAGCUGUCGCUAAACUUAGCGUUGGUAGCUCGAGUGCAUGUAAGAGAUGUAGUCACAGUAGCCACUCUGAAGAAGAAACGAGUUCUUUUGGUACUGAUUUAGAUGGUACCGUUAAAAUUGGAUUACCCCAAAAAAAAUGCACUCACAGUUCACACUCGGAAGACACGUCAAUUUGCUUAAGUAUUUCAGAGUGGUCGACAGGUACAAAUACAGUAAGACAAUACGCGAAUCUUUCAGCAUCGGAAAGUAUAUCUGCCGUAUCUAUUCCAAAAAGUGAUAAAUCCGAUAAAAAGACAGUUAAAAAGUAUUCAACAUCUCACUCAAGUAAGAAAUCUGAACAAUUACCUAAAAUGGGAUCUCAAGCAGAAGCUAGUUCUAAAAGUAGCAGUCUUGAUAAAAGUUCAGAAAAUAUAAGAUAUGAUAAGUUAUGCAGUUCGGAAACGACAGUGUCCAGAAAAGUAGAUAGUAGUUCAGGUACAAAAAGUGAUAGUACUCUUACUUUAGCUCAAUCUAUAUCUGAGUGGUCCGCGAGUACAAGUCACACAUUAGUGGCUACUGCUCGUGAAGAUCAACCAGAUUUAGAUGAUACAAAGUCAGAUAAAACUGUUAUAAAAGAUAAUUCACCGGUUGAAGAAAAGAUUGAGGCAGAUGAUAGAACUUAUGAAAGAACGUCUACAACGACUAACGAGGUAAGCGAUACUAAGGAACCCGUGCUUAGACUAACUACGUCAUAUACUGGUAAAACAGAUAAAUCAUCAUCGAUCAGUUACAGUGACAAGUCUGACAAAUCAAGUUCAAGCUCUUUAAGUAGUUUACAAAAACAUACAAACGGUGUUCUGAGAUUCGACCAACGCUUACGAGGUAUCCCAGCUUCUGAAGAUCUGACCAAAGAACGAUAUCUUAAAACACCGCCGAAGAGCUUAAGCUACGAGGAAGAGACACAUAAACACAUUCGACCCACAACCCGAUGUCAAAGUGAAGAUAUUGGUUAUAAUAAGCCUUACUUUUUUGGACCACAGCCUGAAAUUGAUAUUGAUAUACCUUCCCAGCUUUACAGUCAAGAAGAAAAACAUAGUGAACGAUAUCAAAGCCAAGAGUUUUCUAAUAUAAUUCGUGAAGAAUCGACUAGUCACUUUGUACGAUCUGAUUACAAGCCCUUAGCAAAACAUGCCAGUUAUGAUGAUAAAACACUUUCAAAAAAUCAAAUUAAGGAGUAUAAAAUAUCUCAACAGUUUCGCAGUAAGCCCAAAAGCUGGUCAUUCCAUGAGCAUUACUUGUCUUCAUCAGAUUUACCUGUAAUAACCGUUCCCGAAAUACCAUCUGUUCAUAGAGAAUUGCAGGAAAAAAAAUCUAAUGAAAGGUCAGGGAAAACGCCAUUGUCUAGAUGUUCCCCUUACUACUCCAGUAGUUUAAGUUCAGAAUCACCUCCUAUUCAACCUCUUAAAACACCAGUGAAAAAAUCUUUACUCGUUAGAAAUAUUUCAUUAAAAAGCCCACCAAGCGGAAAUGAUACAGACAGUUCACUGGAUGUUAUUCGAGAUCCGCGUGAGAGAAUGAGGACUUUUAGACGUAAAAAACAAGUUACUAACACGCGCAAAAAACAAGAAAAGAUACAAGAUGUGCUCGAAGAAGAUUCAACCAAAAGUCAAUGUUCUUCUGAAAGCGAUAAAUUUAAAGGAACUAAAUAUUUAGCAGUCGAUGACUCUCUUCGACGUAUGGAAAGCUCUGAAUGCUCUGACAGUUAUAUUCCUGAAGUAGAAUCGGGUUCAUCAGAAAUGUCAAAAGCAGAUUCUAAAAAUGACGAGGUUCAAGAGACAGCCAGUUAUUCGGAAGAUGAAGAACAAGUUAACUACGCCAAAUAUAAAAGUGCAUCGUAUGAAUCACAGAAAUUUCCCGUUAAUAUAAAUCCAGUUCAAUUCCAAGGUUUCGGAUCUUCCGUUGAAGAAGAUGAAAUGGGUUUUCCCCGAUUUGAUAGAUUGGGUCGCUUGCGUCAUCCAUAUCUCGAUUCUCAAGAGCCGCCUUUUGUGCCAGAGGGUAGUCCUCCAAGAACUUCCUACUCAAAUAAAAGUAGCCGACAGUCUUCACUCAAAAGGGUUAAAUCUACAGGAUAUCGUCAAACUGAGAAUAAGAGCUUAGGUGAGUCAUCAGGUCAACACCAGUCUAGGUCUAUGUUUUAUGAUGACCCAAGCGACAAGGAUGAUUCUGACGAUUACGCAUAUCCUAUCGACACCAUAAAAAGAGCUCCAAAAAUAAACAAAUCGGGAAGUUACUUAUUUGAACGCGGAGAAUCAAUCGCCUAUUCGGACACAGAGUUGCCUCCAGACAAGGAUGAAUACGAAGAGUACAGAGGCAGUCCUUAUCCUGAGCACUAUGAGGAUGUGGAUAUGUUUCAAACUCAAGAAUUUUAUCCACAAUACGAACACAACGUAGAGCGGAGAGAUGGUGCCGACGAACGAUUUUCAAGGGAUCUCGAUCAGCGUUUCAGUUUGAACAAUGUGGAACGUUUUUAUUCUAGUCACUAUGUCGAUUCUCAAGCUUCGAGUGAUAGUCCCGAGCAAAAGUUUGAUGUUUCCACCCUCCCCCCUCCCCUUUGCUCUGAUGACGAGAACGAAUAG